GUCAUAUAAAGAGAGGGAGAGCGCACUCAAUGAGUUUCGAUUGAGUUGUGUACACUCCUCGGUUCACUACUUCGCCUUGACGAGGGAAAAUAACGCUUUGUCGCUUUAGUUGCGUUCGAGCUCUUGGAGCUUUUUGGUGUGUUUGCGCUUCUUUUUCUAAAACAAACCCAAAACAAAAGAAAUUCAUAGAAAUUUCACUUUUUACCUACCUACAUACAUAUAUAGAAAAACCAACAACAAUUCAACUAUAUUAUACAUAAAUCUUUAAUUUGACAAAAAACAACAAACAAACAAAAAUACCAACAAAAGCUAAGCAAAGCAACAAAUACCAAACAACAAACUACUAUUCUAUUUAUUCCUAAAUGAUACCAUAAAAGUGUAAAGGAAGCAAGAAAAGCCAAGCAUAUGAAAAACAAAAACGACAACAACAACAAACAUACCAAAAUCUAGUAGUGAAACAACAACAAUAUAAAAAACCACCUUAACCCUCCUCUAUAGAAAGAAGAUACUACACAACUAAAAUAGAAAGAACAAAAAAUAAAACACAAGCAGAUGCAGAAGAAGAAACAACCAACGACAGCAACAACAACACAAUAAAAACCAGACACAACCCCCCACGUUGUUGGUGUUGUAAAAAGGGAACAUAUACAACAGAAUUUCUCUCUCUCCUCAGUCUUUCUAAGUCUCUCGCUCUUUGUGUGAAAGCAUAAGAAAACAAAGAAGUAAUUUUUAAAUUGACGUAAUUACACUCAGGAUUAAAAAAAAAAACAACAAAACAAACAUAUAAAGCAAAAAAUCUAACUUGUAGUGACCAAAAAAAAGAAAAUCCCCAAACAUUUUUAAAAAAUAAACAAACACAUCAUCUUUCUUCAAACAAUCACCCAAGUAACUAAGGCAAGAGGAACUACAAACUGUCAACCGCAAAGGAUAGUCAAAGAAAGUAACAACGUUGUUGUUGGAGGAGGAGCAACUCGAACAACCGCCCUCCCCCCAGAAAACAGCUGUCCGUUGUGCUGCUGUUGCAAAGCCCCCUAAACUUUACCUCUCCCCGCAACGCCAUACUAAAAGCGGCUCCAUCAUUUUGUCAAAAUAAGUUUUAACACACCACACUAAAGAUCGUCCGCCACCAUGGAUGACGAUCAGCAAUUCUGUUUAAGAUGGAACAACCAUCAGAGUACACUAAUCAGUGUAUUCGACACGCUGCUGGAAAACGAGACAUUAGUCGAUUGUACACUGGCCGCCGAAGGCAAAUUCUUAAAAGCCCACAAAGUUGUGCUCUCAGCGUGUAGUCCCUAUUUUGCGACCCUUUUACAAGAGCAAUACGAUAAACAUCCCAUCUUCAUUUUAAAAGAUGUGAAAUAUCAAGAGCUAAGAGCCAUGAUGGAUUACAUGUAUCGUGGCGAGGUGAAUAUCUCCCAAGAUCAAUUGGCCGCCUUGUUGAAGGCUGCAGAAUCUCUACAAAUCAAGGGUCUGUCAGACAAUCGUUCUGGCGGCGGUGCAUCACAGCCCAAACAUCCGGAACACCAUAGGGCCACAAUGCCGGGCAAAUUGAGCGGUGGCUAUACGUUAGAGCAAACAAAACGAGCACGCAUCACAGGUGCUGCUGGCCCAGCCAUGGAUGCCAGCGAAAUGGGCUCGCGAGAGGGUUCAUCUAGUCCAUCAAGAAGACGUAGAAAAGUGAGACGCAGGAGCAUUGAAAAUCCCAUGACUGAUGUCCAUGAUAAUUCCAAUUCAUCACAACAACCAACACAAUCGAAUGCCCCCGGUUUGGGUGCCAUAACAGCAGCUGCCUCUGCAUUGGCUGCUGCCGCUGCCGGUGCACCAUCCAGCGCUGCUGCUGCCGCCGCAUUAGCAUCCACAGUAGUCCCCCUAUCCGCUACACAACAACAACACCAAUCCUCCACAUCAGCUGUUACCCCAGCAGCGACCGGCUCGACCUUAAGCUCCUCUAAAAAGACUGACAAUGUUAAAGGAUCCACUCAACAACACCAACAACAACAACAAGAUGCCAUUAAUACCGAUAAUGUACAAGGUUCUGCCGCUGGCUCAUUGGCCACCGGAACACCCGCUAUGGAUACCGAGACCGCUACCGAUGCCAGUACUGCCGACAAAUCGAAUCAUAAACAACAGCUACAGCAACAACAGAAAGCAUCGGCAUCGAAAGACACAUCAAGUGUAACUGGCUCGGAAUUGGUAAUUGAACCCAAGGCGGAAUACGAUGAUGAGGCAAACGAUGAAACUGUUGAGGAUUUGACAUUGGACGAAGAGGAUAUGGGUAUGGACGAUUUGGAUCAUAAUGCUGGCACGAGUCAAGGUGGUGAAGGAUCUAGUCAAGGAUAUGCACCCUGGCAACACGAUAGAUCUCAGGAUGAAUUAUUAUUGGCAACGCAAGAAGCACAGCAACGGGAUCCUCAAGAUGUCCCUGGCAGAUUAGGAUCAGCUGGUGGUGGCGUUGCCGCUGAUUACUUGCAACGAAGACGUCAUAGCAAUCGCCUAAAACGCAGCCCUUUAACUAGUCCCCUGCCGAUGGCAGGUCCAUCGCUAACAACAGCAACAACAUCAGUGGCGGGGGCCAUGGUUGCUGGCCCUCCCGUUUCGGGUGUGAUAAAAUUCGAACCAAGCACAAAUCUCGACGAUGCCGAAGAGGAGAAAUAUACAUUGCCACAUGCCGCAGCUGUUGCAGCGGGUCAUCACGUCGGAGGCGAAGACGAUGACGACGACGAUGAUGGCGACGAUGGCGGCAUGGAAAGCGAACAGCCAUGUGAUCUACGUUUAUCUAGCCAUUUUAAAUUGAAUUUGGUGUCGAUGGUACAGGCAGCAGCAGCUGCUGCCGCCGUGUCGGCUGGAGCGGCCAUGAUUGGCGGAUCGGCGUCGGGUACGACAGUGGCGAGCGGAACCUCAACAGGUAUGACCUCGGCUACACAAUUUCAACAGGCUGCCUUACACACCAUUGCCGCAGUGGCAACUUCGCACCAGACACCCCAUGGUCAUGGUCUGCAUCAGGCCCACGCUGCCACGCAUGGCUUUAUGAAUUUUCCACCGGGGCCGGGAGGUGACACAUCACCGAAACGCCGCUACAGCAGUAGUAGUACCAGCGGAGGUGGAGGUGGCGGUGCUGCUACACCAGUAGCUGGCGGUUUGCUGAAUGUGGUCUCGGUUACCGGUGGAGCUGCUGGUCCGUCCGCAGGUGGUUCCGGUUCAACUGGUCUCAAUACCAGUUCGACGAGUGGCGGUGGCGGUCCAUCUACCUCGGCCAUUGUGGCCCCCCACACACCUUCGAGUGCGGCAACGGCGGCGGCGGCCAGUGGUUCGGCGGCGGGCAUGAGUGGCAGUGUCGGUGGUCAGGGUGUCGGUGGUGCUGGUGCUGGUGCCACUGUUGGCUCUGGUAGUGGUGGUCCAGGUGCCGGCGGUUCCGCCCCCUGGGGUGGCGCCUACACCUGUGAUCGUUGCGGCAAUUCAUAUGCACGUCCACAUAGCCUUAAUAGACAUGUCCGUUUCGAGUGCGGCGUUGAACCCAAGUUUGAGUGUCCCAUUUGUCACAAGAAGUCAAAGCAUAAACAUAAUCUUGUGCUGCACAUGCGUACCCAUCAACAUCGAUGAUAUAAUCGAUGACGACAACGACAGCAACAACAACAACAGCAACAACAGCCCAUAGCAUCAUUGUUACGAUCUAGAAUAGCUUUUAAAUCCCAACAAUAUUUUAAAACAAAAACAAAAGUUGCAACAACAACAGCAGCCUGCAUUAAGAGAAUUUUAAAAUUAACCGCCUAAUGAGAAUUGGCGAGGAGAGAGAGAGAGAGAGAGAGAGAGAGGAAAGAGUUGUUUGAAAGGUGAAGUUAUAUCGAGGCAUUUCAAGUUUAGAAUCUAAAGAAAAUUUGGAAAACCAAAUUUUCAAAAUUUAAAAUUAUUUAAAAUUUUCUUCUGAUUUUUUUAAAACUUUUUAUUUUUUAGCAACAUCUUUGUUUCCAAACUUUGCCGUGGUACAAAAUUAAUUUCCUUGGAGUUUGUAGUUUAGUCUCUUUGAGACUUCCAUUAGACCUCUCUGAAUAUUUUUUUUUCUUUAGACACACACUUCGGAAAUAAUGCAGAACUGCCGGAUUCAUCAAUGAAAUAUUUGAAGUGAAAAAAUGAUUUAGAAUUCUUGCAGAGAUCGGAUAGAGCUUUCUGAACAAAGUUCAAAAAUUGUCUUUGCGGAAUUAAUUAAUAAUUGUUGAUAAAAAAAAACUGAGCAAAAAUAUAAUCUUAACACAGAUUUCUGUCAGAAUUCCAUUAGAUUUGUCUGAGGUGGAAAUAUUUCCAAAUUUAAACCUUUUUUCGCUCAGCAUUAAGACAUGUGAAAACGUUGGGAAUUCCUUCCGAUAUCUAGAUAUUAAAAAUCUGGAAAUUUUUGAAUUUAAGAAUUUUGUCAGAAUUUGGAAAUUUUUGAAUUUAAGAAUUUUGUCAGAAUUUGGAAAUUUUUGAAUCUAAGAAUUCUAUCAGAAUUUUAUUCGAUUUGUCUGAAUACGAUAAAAAAAUAUAUUUCGGUAUGGCACGUGAUAAAAAAAAACCAAUUUGGAAUGGGUCUAAAUCCAUUUUCAAGGUACUCAUAACAUCACGAAGAAACAUCAGUUCUUUGAGAAUUCCAUCCGGAUAAAUUUUCCAGAUUUUCUUCAGAGUUUCAUCCAACCUGUCCGAUCUUAAAAACAAUUGUUUUGCCCUAAGUUACUCAAUGCGAAGGUAUUUAGAACUGUGAAAUUAUAAAAGGAACCUGUCUGUUUUAGUCAAUUUCCCAGAUUUCUGUCAGAAUUCGAUCAGACAUGUCUUAAAUCGAUUUAUCUUCUCCUUCCCUUGACAAAUAGAAACAUAACUCAUUUCGAAAGCAUUCCAAUGUUCGAAAACCUGAGAAAUUUUAUUCAAGUUCAUAGCUCAGACUUUCGUCAGAGUUUUGUAAGACAUGGCCAACCAUUUGUUUUCCAUUAACUUUUAACGAGUUCCGUAAGAAAUCUAAUAUUUCCGGGCUGUGUCGGAGUUUUGUAAGACUUGUCUGAGCAGAGAAAACAUUUUGUUUGUUAUUGAAUUCGUCACCAAAAAAAUGAGAAUUUACAAAUCCGCAAACAAACCCAAUAAUUCUUUUCACCAGUCAUUCAGAAAUCUGUCAGAUUUCUUUCAGACUUGUCUGAGCAAAAUUGUCAAUUUUGUUUUCUUUGUCAAAUCAGUUGGAAUUCAAUUUGCAUGGCUUCCUAGAAUUGCUAAAUCUGCAAACAGAAGCCCUAAUGCGAACUCUCUCAGACUUUAAUCAGACAUGUCGGAACAAAAUCGUCACUUUGGUUUUCUCUGUCAAAUCAGGUAAAAUCCAAUCCAAAUGGCUUCCGGGAAUUGACAAAUCCGCAAACAAAUCCCCAAUUUGUUAAUCUGUUGUUCAGAACUCUGUCAGACGUCAGUCAGACAUGUCGGAAGAAAAUCGUCAAUUUUGUUUCUUUGUCAAAUGAUGCAAAACCCAAUUAAAAUGCCUUCCGAGAAUUGACAAAUCCGCAAACAAGAUCUCUAAUGCUUUAAUCAAUCGUUCAGAACUCUGUCAGACUUCAGUCAGACAUGUCGGAAUAAAAUCGGCCAUUUUGUUUUCUUUGUCAAAUGAAGUAAAAUCCAAUUGAAAUGCUUUCCGAAGUCUUAAAAACUUGAAAUUCUUUUGAGUUCAUAACUCAGACAUUCUUCAGAGUUUUCUACGACAUGUCGGAGAACAAUCAAAUAUGCUUUUCUCUUUUGCUGUAUGAUACAAAAUCCAUUUGAAAUGCAAUCCCAAGUCGAAAACUUCUCAGAAUAUUCCCCAAAUCAUUGUUCUGAACUCUGUCAGACUUCAAUCAGACAUGUCUGUACAAAAUCGUAAAUUUUAUUUCCUUGUCAAAUCAUGUAAAAUCCAUUCGGAGUGUCUUGAGAAGUCUUAAAAACUUUUAAUUCUUUCGAAUUCAUACUUCAGACACUUUACAGAGUUUUGGACGACAUGUCUGAGAACAAUCAAAAACAAUUUUCUCAAAUGCCGUAUGAAGCAAAAUCCAUUUGAAAUAUAACCCGAAGUCGAAAACAUCUCAAAAUAUUCCCCAGUUCAUUCUUCAGAACUCUGUCAGACUUCAAUCAGACAUGUCGGAACAAAAUCGUAAAUUUUAUUUUCUUGUCAAAUUAUGUAAAAUCCAUUUGGAAUGCCUUGAGAAGUCUUAAAAACUUUUAAUUCUUUUGAAUUCAUAUUUCAGACAUUCUUCAGAGUUUUGUACGACAUGUCUGAGAAUAUUCAAAAAAUGUUUUCUCAUUAGCCGUAUGAAGCAAAAUCCAUAUGAAAUGUUAUCCGAAGUCGAAAACAUCUCAAAAUAUUCCCCAGUUCAUUGUUCUGAACUCUGUCAGACUUCAUUCAGACAUGUCGGAUCAAAAUCGUAAAUUUUAUUUUCUUGUCAAAUUAUGUAAAAUCCAUUUGGAAUGCCUUGAGAAGUCUUAAAAACUUUUAAUUCUUUGGAAUUAAUAUUUCAGAUUUCCGAGUUUUGUCCGACAUGUCUGAGACCAAUCAACAAAUUUUUUCCCGAUGGCCGCUUGAUCAAAAUCAAUUUGGAAUGUGAUUCGAAGUCGAAAUCAUCUUAAAAUAUUCCAAAAUGCAUUGUUCUCAACUCUGUCAGACUUCAAUCAGACAUGUCGGAAGAAAAUCGUCAAUUUAGCUUUCUUUGUAAAAUAAGUUAAAAUCAAUUUGGAAAACCUUGCGAAGUCUUAAAAACUUCAAUUUCUUUUGAAUUCAUAUUUCAGACAUUUUUCCAAAUUUUGUACGACAUGUCGGAGAACAAUCAACAAUUUUUUUCUCAUUUGCCGCAUGAUACAAAAUCCAUUUGAAAUGCAAUCCCAAGUCGAAAUCAUCUCAAAAAAUUCCCCAGUUCAUUGUUCUGAACUAUGUCAGACUUCAAUCAGACAUGUCGGAACAAAAUCGUAAAUUUUAUUUUCUUGUCAAAUUAUGUAAAAUCCAUUUGAAAUGUCUUCCGACGUCUUAAAAACUUCAAAUUCUUUCGAAUUCAUAUUUCAGACAUUUUCAGAGUUUUGUCCGACAUGUCUGAGACCAAUCAACAAAUUUUUUCUCGUUGGCCACUUGAUAUAAAAUCAAUUUGGGAUGUGAUUCGAAGUCGAAAACAUCUCAAAAUAUUCCCAAGUCCGUUGUUCUGAACUAUGUCAGACUUCAAUCAGACAUGUCGGAAGAAAAUCGUAAAUUUUAUUUUCUUGUCAAAUUAUGUAAAAUCCAUUCGGAAUGCCUUGAGAAGUCUUAAAAACUUCAAAUUCUUUCGAAUUCAUAUUUCAGACAUUCUUCAGAGUUUUGUACGACAUGUCGGAGAACAAUCAACUAUUUUUUUCUCCUUCGCCUCUUGAUCAAAAUCAAUUUGGAAUGUGAUUCGAAGUCGAAAAAAACCCAAGAAAUCAGGGAAUUUCAUUGGAUAUGUCAAAACCAAAUCAACAAUUUCUAUUCUUAAAACUUUCUAAAAAAAUGGCAUCCGGAGCUCAAAAAAAAAACCUAACACUCGAGACACAAAGACAGACAAAGCUUCCUAAGAAUUUUUUUUUUUUCAAAUCUAUAUUUGAGUUUGGUAGGACUACCCGGAACCCAAUACAAAAUGGGCUUUACAAUAAUCAUUCCAAAAUAUCUAGAGCAGAAACUCGAAUUCGUUGAGAAAAAGGCUGUUAAGUUUCCGUACAACUUGUCGGAUUUUUCUCUACAAAAAAUGUCCAGAGAAGAAAAUUUUCCGGAGAGAAAAAAUGUCCAGAGAGGUUUAUAAAGUUCGAUUCGAGGUCUUGGUAAACCGUCUCAUGUCUUCAAUCCAAAAAAAUCCUAUUUCAGGAGAAACAUUUCUACAUAUUUGACAAAAUGUCCCAAAAGUCCGCUCCGUACUUUUCUCUAGAGAAAAUAAUAAAGAAUUUUUUCAAAAUCAUCUGAAGAACAUCGGAAGCAAAAAUUAUAGACCUAAAGAAUAUUUUUCAAAAUGUUCCAAAAGUAUACUCCGAACUUUUCUCUGGAAAAAUGUCCAGAGAGGUAUAUAAAGUUCGAUUCGAGGGCUUGGUAAGCCGUCUCAUGUCGUCAAUCCAAAAAUUGCUCACAUUAAAAAAACACGUUCUAUUUCAGGAAAAACAUUUCUAAAUAUUUUUCAAAACAUCCCAAAAGACCACUCCGAACAUUUCUCUAAAGAAAAUAAUAAAGAAAUUUUUCAGAAUUAUCUGAAGAACAUCGGGAGUAAAGAUUUUAGAUCCAAAAACUUAAAUUUUAUAUCCAUAAAACCGGCUAGGAUAAAUAUUUUCGCGGAUCUUAAUACCUAAAAUUUCCUCGAAAUUAAUUUUUCUUCUAAAGAUUUUUCCUAAUCUUAAAAUUGUUCCAAAUUUCAGACACAUUGAAUGCCUCUCGCCUUUUGUAUAUAUCUUCACCUUUCCGCCAACUUCACCUUUGAGAAGAGUAAAAGAAGAAAAAUAAUCUAAAAAAGAGAGUGAGAUUUAAAAAAAAAACAAUUGAAAAAAAGUUUUUAGCAAAAAUUAAUUCUAAAAUUCUCAGCAGCAAAAAUACGUUUUGUUUUUCAUUAUAAUACAGCACGAUUGUGAUUUUUUCUUUUUAAAAUAAUUUUUAUAAACAAUGAUCUUGAAUUUUCUUAGUCGUUUUUUUUUUUUUUUUUUUUUUGCAAUUAAAAAUAUUUUUAAUUUAAAUAUUUAUAACCAAAAAUAUUAAAAAAAGGGAUACUGCAUAGAUUUUCUGGUGACAAAUUAGGAAGAGGAAAUCCAAGUGAGAGAGAACAUUUUCUCUCAAGCCAAGAGAAAAGUUUGUUUUCGAAGAAUUGUUAUUGUUUUUUUUUUUUAAUUAAAAAAAUAUAUAUUUUAUUUUUGUAAAUUACAACUGAUGAUCUCAAUCUAAUUUAACAACAAGAAUAGGAAAAAAAUAUAGAAAAAAGGAAAACUAUGCAUUUUUCAUAAAACCAAAAAAAUAAAAACACCUAAACUUACAAAGAACACAAACAACAAACUACUUAAAUUAUAGAAGAACAAAAAAUCCCCCUGCAAAAAGAAAACAAAUAAAAAUUCUUCAGAAAAAGAAACUUUUCUUAAAAAAAAAAAACUGGAAAAACAUCCUCAAAUAAUUUAAAAAAAAAACUUGGGUUUAAUGGACGCUCGUUAACCAAACAGAAUAAUACAACGCCUUCUUAUAUUUAAAAAAUUAUAUAUAAAUAUUUUUAUAUAUAUAUAAAGAAAAAAAAACAAAGAAAUAAAAGAAACAACAAACCAACCAACCAAUUGAAGUCAGCUUAAGUUAAGAGCAGUAAUAUUAAUUAUUAAAAAUAAUUAUAUAAAUAUAAGAAAACAAACAAAAAAGGAAUCCGUUGCCCCCGGAAGUAGCCCCCCCCCCCUAAGAUAAACAAAACAAAAAAACGAAACUAAUUGUGAGCUAAAUGUGCAAUAAUUAAUUAUUUAAUAAUUUAAAUUUAUAAAGAAAAAAAAAAAAGAAAACUAAACUACGACAAUUAGCACCAAUUUUACAAAAUUUAGAAAGAAAGAAAGAAA